AGAACAUCAAUCUCCGUUAUUUUCAGACAUGGGUAGUUUAUUCUACAUCUUGCCAUGCCUCUUAGUCAGCGUUGCUGCUGAUCCAUACGAUGAUCCGCACACACUAUGGAAUCGCCAAACUAUGGUGCAUUUGUUCGAAUGGAAAUGGUCAGAUAUAGCAAGAGAGUGCGAAAAUUUCUUACAACAUUACGGUUACGGUGCUGUGCAGGUUUCUCCACCCAACGAGCAUAUUACGUUAGAUGGUAUGCCAUGGUGGAUUAGGUAUCAGCCAAUUAGUUACAACCUUGUUUCUCGUAGUGGAAACGAGGGCGAGUUCCAAGAUAUGGUCAACAGAUGCAAUGCUGUUGGUGUAAGAAUCGUUGUCGAUGUGGUCAUGAACCAUAUGGCUGGUGUCGGACAAAAAUCCGGAUGGGGAAAAGGUAGUAGCGGAGGAUCGAGCUUCGAUGCAACCGACGGAGUGGAAAGCUUCCCUGCUGUUCCAUACGGGGUGAAUGACUUCAAUGACUUCAGAUGCCAUGGGGAUAUUGGAGGAUCGGAUUACGGAAGCAACGCCGCUAAUGUCAGGAACUGCCGACUUGUCGGACUGCUUGAUCUGAAUCAAGGCAGCCCAUAUGUACGAGGAAAACUCAUAGAAUUCGCUCAUAAGCAAACCCUUCAGAUCUUCGGAGCCAACCAGCGACCUUUCGUCGUCCAUGAAGUAAUUGACAGAGGAGGUGAAUCAAUCAAGUGCUCAGAAUACUGCCACAUUGGAAGAUACACUAACUUCAACUAUGGUUCCCCGAUAUCCGCAGCAGCACGAGGGCAGGCGAACUGGAAAGACAUGGGAUACAUGGGACCUGGAUGGGGAUACGGUAACCAUGCAGAUAAUGACGUGCUGGUCUUCAUCGACAAUCAUGACAACCAGAGAGAUGGCUAUCCAGCUACAUACAAAGAAGGAGAUACAUACCGUCUUGCUGUAGCGUUCAUGCUGGCAUGGACAUAUGGUUAUCCACGAGUGAUGAGUAGCUUCUACUUUGGACAUAAAGACCAGGGACCACCAGGCGGUGGUCCCUGGUUCAAUGGGGAUGGUACAUGCUCUAGAGAUUCGGGUUGGGUAUGCGAGCACAGAUGGCCGACAAUCAGGGAGAUGGCCAGAUUCCGAAGCACAUGCGCGGGUGCACCAGCUGUCGAAAAAGUUAUUGAAAACAAUCACGUCGCUUUCGCUCGGCAAGGGAAAGGAUUCUUUGCCGUUAACGGACCCGGGUGGGAUUGGACCAGGACCUUCCAGACAACUCUGCCUGCUGGGCAAUAUUGUGAUGUCUACAAUGGCCGUGUGGAGAAUGGAAGAUGCACUGGAGCGACCAUUAAUGUAGGAAACAACGGAAUGGCCCAGAUAACCAUUGGCACCAAAGCGGCAGUCGCAAUCUCACUUGCCUCCAAAGUCGGUUCCCAACCAGGGCCAGGUCCACAGCCGCCACAGCCGACACAGAAGCCAAAGCCUGAGCCCACGGGUCUCACAAAAACUGUGAUUUUCCUUAAGCGCGACACCAUGCUAGGAGAAAACCUCUUCAUCCGUGGUGGAAAUAGCCAUGGCAACGGAGGAGCAUGCGCGUCAGGACCAUACCAGCAGUCAAGUGAUAAGUGCGCUAUCCCGAUCUAUCACAAGACUACGGUACCAAACAGCUACGCCACAUACAAGUCAUGGAGUCAGGGCGAUUACUACCUCGACUUUGAAGGACCAGAGCAAGGACAAGGAACAUAUGAAGGACAAACUGCAUUUGGCACACCUCUAGCCUACUCUACCAACGAUCCACAAACCCAAGAAUACCAGCCGUACAACAAGUACGGUAAAGGCUACUGGAUGGUGGAGGUAAACAUGGAUUGCUCGAAGACUGACAAUGGAUGGUUCGAACUCAAGGGCUACUUGAAUACUGCUGGAUGGGAGGGUGACAUCAAUCAGGGCAGCUGCACUGGUGGCGUUGGAGGCACUGCUCCAUUCAAGAGCAUCAACCAUAUCGCCAAAUGUGGAGCGGAUGUGAACGCAACGCGAUGUGCUACCCAAGCUUAG